AUGGAAACUGAGAGUGAAAAUAAAGAAAAGGCAAUGGAAGAAGAAAGCAUAGAAAAGAAAAAAGAAGUAGAAAAAAAGAAAAGGUCUAGAGUUAAACAGGUGCUUGCAGAUAUUGUGAAGCAAGUGGACUUCUGGUUUGGAGAUGCAAAUCUCCACAAGGAUAGAUUUCUUCGAGAGCAGAUAGAAAAAUCUAGAGAUGGAUAUGUUGAUAUAUCACUUCUUGUGUCAUUCAACAAAAUGAAAAAAUUGACCACCGAUGGAAAGUUAAUAGCCAGAGCACUAAAAAGUUCUGCUGUGGUAGAGCUGGAUUUAGAAGGCACCAGAAUCAGGAGGAAAAAGCCGCUGGGUGAGAGACCCAAGGAUGAGGAUGAGCGGACAGUGUAUGUGGAACUGCUUCCCAAAAAUGUUAACCACAGCUGGAUUGAGAGAGUAUUCGGGAAAUGUGGCAAUGUUGUUUAUAUAAGUAUACCACAUUAUAAGUCUACUGGGGACCCGAAGGGAUUUGCCUUCGUGGAAUUUGAAACAAAAGAACAAGCUGCAAAAGCUAUUGAGUUUCUUAAUAACCCACCAGAGGAAGCACCGAGAAAACCUGGUGUAUUUCCCAAGACAGUGAAAAACAAGCCCAUUCCUGCUCUGACAGUAACUGAAGAAAAGAAAAAGAAGAAGAAGAAGAAAGGCCGAACAAAAAAAGAUGACAAUAUCCAGCCCAAGGAGUCAAAUAUGGAUGCAACCAAGGAAAGUGUCUGUAAAAAAAGAUCAAGGACCACAUCUGAGAGCUCUGAAGUAGAGGUUACUGAACCCCAAAAGCAACCCACAAAGAAAAAGAAAAAACGAGAAAAAACCGAAGUAUCCAGCUUACCUUUAGUCAAAGCAGGAAAGAGGAAAAGAAGCGGCUCUGAAGAUGCAGACUGCUUCACUCCCAAAAUGAAAGCUAAGAAAGUAUCUCAGAAAGACAACGUUAAAAAAGAAGCUCCAGAAGUUUGUAAAGAAAACAAAGAAUUAGAAGUCUCUACGGAAGAGGAAAAGGAUACUGGAGAUAUAAAAGACGGAUCCCUACUGAAAGCAAAAAGAAAACAUAAGAAAAAACAUAAAGAGAGGCAUAAGAUGGGAGAAGAGGUUAUUCCAUUACGAGUGCUAUCGAAGACAGAAUGGUUGGAUUUGAAGAAAGAGUAUUUAGCACUGCAAAAAGCCAGCAUGGCUUCUUUAAAAAAAACAAUAUCCCAAAUAAAGUCACAAUCAGAAAUGGAAACAAAUGGAGUGCCUACUAAUUCCGGAAUGAAAGGUGAAAAAAAAAACAGUGAAGAGUGUGGUCCCCAGGAGAAAGCUAAUGCAGCAGGCCCACAGUUUGUGAGUGGUGUGAUCGUGAAGAUCAUUAGCGCCGAGCCUUUACCUGGCAGGAAGCAAGUCAGGGAUACUUUGGCAGCAGUCUCAGAGGUGGUUUAUGUUGAUUUGCUGGAAGGAGAUACAGAAUGCCAUGCUAGAUUUAAAACUCCUGAGGAUGCUCAAGCAGUAGUAACUGCACAUUCAGAAAUUAAAAAGAAACACUGCUGGAAACUAGAGAUUCUUUCUGGUGAUCAUGAGCAGAGGUAUUGGCAGAAGAUUUUGGUAGAUAGACAGGCCAAACUUAAUCAACCUCGUGAAAAGAAAAGAGGCACUGAGAAGUUAAUCACCAAAGCUGAAAAGAUUAGACUCGAAAAGACUCAACAAGCAAGUCAACACAUCAGAUUUUCUGAAUAUGACUGA